AAGAUGUGUUGAAUAACAGAGCAGCCUUCCUCUCUUCCAUAUAUAACGCAUUCAUACUUACCACAUCUCUCUCCAGUCUCCACCGUUUAUUCUUUCUUUUUCUCUCUAAUUUUUUUUUUUUUCACUAAGAACCAUUCUGAUCACCAGAUCCACGGAGAUCAUAUUCUGACAUUUUGUUUCAGUUGCAUAAACAUCAGCAUGAAGAAAUCAGGAUUCUUUGCAGCUUCCAUGGCUGCCGCUUCUGCUACUACCGCCAUAUCAGGUUCCAGUUUCAAAAAUCAAACUUCUCACGAGGAUCAUCGAGGAUCGAGCAAACACAGUGAAGAUUCUUCUGAGAAAACGGAUUGUUGCGUGGAGAAAUUCGCACCGAGGUUUGAUGGAUUGAGGUUUAUCGAAACUCUGGUAACUGCUCAUCGAUAAUAAACGUAUGAGAUCUUCCAUUUUUUUUCAUGUUCUUGCGUGAUUUAAACGCUGUGAAGCUGAUCGCCAUGAGGCCCAAGGCUAUUUUGGUAUUAUUAUUAUUAUUGUAUUAUUAACAUAACAGAUUAAUUAAAAGUUAAAUAUCAAUUUAUUAUGGUUCAUAAA